AUGAAAUUUCGCAACGAAUGGCCGCGAAAGGAUACGAAUCACAAAGUUGGUAGACUGAAGGUUAUGUGGAAGAACCUUCGAGAUCAGUGGAAACGAAACAUAGCUCUGAAGGUACCACCCGAAAGAGAGUGGUAUUUCCAGCGUCGUAUCAACUUUCUCGCAGACACCUAUGAAGGAGGGACUCGUGCGCACUACAGUCACUACGAUAUAUCUCCAGAUGCCAGUCCACAUGAAAUGAGAUCAGAUGAAUUGGAGUACCUCAAUGACGACGACUAUGCCUUCGAAGGGAGCUCAUUAAUGGAUGAGUAUACAUCAGCGCCCAAUAGAGAGCCAAAAUCGGAAAUGCAAGAAGCCCCGUCGGCACCAACCAGAGAACCAAAACCGGAAAAACGCGAUGAUGGUACUGCUUGUGGUCCUACCUUGGUCACUGUGUUGGCGGAAAAUGGUGGGCCAAGGAGCACUACAGCGAAACCGGCGACGGCGAUGAAGCAAAACGAGGAUACACCAGGCAUCACUAUUAUUUCUUCUUAUGCCUCGGUGACGGCUCCACCAAUGUCGGCUCCACCGCCAAAGCGGCCACGAACGGAACCUAAGGAUCAAGAGCGUCCUCAACCUCCAGAGCGUUCUCAACCUCCAGAGCGUUCUCAACCGCCAGAGCGUUCUCAACCUCUAGAGCGUCCUCAACCCGCGAAGAAGAAUAUCGUGGAAGAUCAUCCGUCAAAUGGAGAGCCAAAUAAUGCACCACGGCUCUACAAGCGCCAAACUCCUUUUUCUCGAGCGGAAGCUCAAGCUUUGAAAGGAGGGAAAAAUACACCUGAUGACCCAACGCAGACUCAAGGUCAACCUCAGACUGUGAAGACAACAGGCGAUAAGUUUGACAAAUAUGCGGCAUUUAUCUCAACGACGCUUCGCGAGAUGCCUGAAAUGGAAGCUAAGAGGCGAAUGCGUGAAAUGACGCUGUUGUUGUUCGAAGAUAUUGAUUUUAGAGGGUGA